AUGUAAAAUGGGGGUUUACUGGGUUUUGGUUUUUUUUAAGGUUGUAUUCCUGGCUUACACCUCAUCACUCGCUGUUGUGAUUAUUAUUAUGUGGUGCAUUUAACCCUUUUUCUAUACAGAUCUGUUCAUUUGAAAACCUCAUCAUGUAUGGCCACUUUUAUAAAAAUAGGAAAAAAAGAAUUGACAGUUGAAGUGUUAACAGGAGUCUAAAGCCCAAGCAGUGUGAGAGGAGGAGAUAAAACAAGUCCCACUGGUUAUAUAUAUAUAUAGCGAGAGAGAGAGAGAGAGAGAGAGAGAGAGAGAGAGGAAAGUUCAGUUUCGUUUCUUGUUCCUGCUCUCAGUGAUGGCGGCUGCUGAUCUGAGAGACGAGCUGAGCUGCUCCAUCUGUACGAGCAUUUAUACUGAUCCUGUAUCCCUGCCGUGUGGCCAUAACUUCUGCCGGGACUGUAUUGGGACAACAUGGGACACCCAGGAGGAAACUUUCCUUGAAAAUCCUUCCUGCCCUGAAUGUAGACAGAGAUUUAGUAGGAGACCUGAACUGACAACAGACUGGAAGCUGCGUGGCCUGGUGGAGAGAUUGUAUCCAACUGAGACAGAGCUGGGGGAGACUGGGAUCUUCUGCACCUACUGUGUCCUCUCUCCUGUACCUGCUGCUAAAUCCUGUCUCCUGUGUGAGGCUUCUCUGUGUGAUACCCACCUGAGGGGGCACAGCAAGUCAGCAGAACAUGUACUGACCCAACCCACCAACUCCUUUAUGGGGAGAAAAUGUUCUGUACAUCACAAGGUUCUGGAGUAUUACUGCUGUGAGGAGUCUGUCUGUAUCUGUGUAUAUUGCUGGGUGGCUGAGGAGCACAGGGGCCACAGGGUGGAGCUGCUGAGUGAGGCCUCUGAGAAGAAGAAAGAGACACUGAGGAAAGUUGUGGAGAAACUGAGGCCAGAGAGAGAGGAGACUGAGAGAGGAGCCCAGAGACUGCAGGAGCGCAGGAGAGAAGUGGCAGAAAAAGCAGCCGGUGAGACAGAGAGAGUCACUGCCCUGUUUAGAGACAUCAGGGAACAGCUGGAAGCCCUAGAGAAGCGACUCCUGAGUGACAUCUCCAGGCAGAAAGAGAAGCUCUCACUCACACUCACUGAUCUGAUGGAGCAGCUGGAAAUAAAGAAGGACGAGCUGUCCAGGAAGAUCCGUCACAUUGAGGAGCUGUGCAACAUGGCAGAUCCACUCACUGUCCUACAGGAACGGGAAUCACAUGGAGCUGCAGAUAAUGAGGGGGGCAGAGAGAGACAUGAUAUAAAGGUCCCUGCUGUAGGGGAUCUGGAUGUGGAUCUGAUCUCAGAGACAUUAGUCACAGGCUUAGCUGCCAUUGUGACUGAGAUAAAGGAAUGGUGUUAUGAGUCUACAGUCCUGUUACUGGAUAUAAACACGGCUGGGAAUCAUGUAUCUGUAUCAGGGGACAAGAAAUAUGUCUCCCACACACGUACAGACCAGCAUCACCCAAAAACCCCAGAGAGAUUUCAGGAUUCUCAGACUUUAAGCAUCAGGAGUUUCCCCUCAGGGCGACAUUACUGGGAAGUGGAGGUCAGUGAAUCAGGGGACUGGGGGGUAGGGGUGGCCUAUCCCAGUAUAGAGAGGAGAGGGUAUCACUACUGCAUGGGGAUGAAUAACAAGUCCUGGUGUUUGUGGAGAUGGAGUAAUAAAUAUAAAGUGACACAUGACAGUAAAGACACACAGUUAUCACAUGUCCCUUCCUGCAGGAGAAUCAGGAUCUCACUGGACUAUGAGGCCGGACGUCUGUCCUUUUAUGAGCUGAGUGAGCCAAUCAGACACUUACACACCUUCACUUGCACAUUCACUGAGCCCCUUCAUGCUGCAUUCUGGGUAGGCUGGGAUAAUACCUGUGUGAGAAUCAUUAGUUAUGGCACUGCCCAACAGGAAACCCAUUGCCAGAGCUGCCAUUAGUCAUGUGAUGCCAGGGAAGGAUGGAAGGAAGUGCGGGUGCCAUGAUAAUGUUGGGCAGUCUCCUCUAGCAAUGACUUGACAUGUGUUUUUACUAAGUAGCACUGAUUUAUAAACAUAGGUGCUACAUUAUGCAAGUGAAGUUUGCAGUAGCAACCAAUACGAUCAUUUCUUUCAUUUUGCAACUUCUAAUACACUAUUCAAAACUAAUUGCUGAUUGGUUGCUACUGCACUCGUGUAAUGUAACACGUAUGUUUAUAAAUCAGCCCCAGUGACUCGGUGUCAACACUUCUUAGGACACUGUCUUUUCCAUUCUCAUAUAGGAACAUUCCUUUAAAAAACAGUUAACCAUUUUUUUGCCAGAACACAGAGUUAGUCUGGCCUACUGGGACACUGUGAAAAAUUCCAGGGACCUAUAAAGAGGCUAAAUUACUUUUUCAUCCCUUGAGUUUAUGCCCUUUUAUUUUCUUUUAAUUUUUUUUUAUUUUACAUAUAUAAAAUAAAAUGAUUGCAUAAACAUUGUUCAGGAGCUGCAGAUACUGGACAAUCCCCAGUCUGCAGGGGUUCCAAAGUUUUGGGUUCCUGAAUCAUUUAAAUGAGUAACAAUAAACAAAAAUGACUAUUAUUUAUGGGUACUGUCAUUUUUCUGCACUUACAAAGGUUUGGGCAAUUUAUGAGUUGAGUUUAAAUUACAUGUUAUGUCAGAGCGGGAGAGGAAGAGAACAAAAGAUCUUUGUCCCAAUUAUCACCAGGGGUCUAAUUCUGUGUGUCGGGGAGUAGUAGCGGUAGGAAAAUUAGCCCAGUGUUAAAUUCCUGUAUGUAAGUCAUGGGUUCCAACCUUUAUAAAAAGUUUUCUGGCGUUUUGGUUUCUCCAAUAUGAGCAUAUUAUCUAUCCUUGCUUUGACUAAUUGAAAAUCUAGGAUAGGGAAUUUCCAGGCUGCUGUUAUAACUUGUUUAAGGGCUGAGAAGAUAUGAGGUAUUUUUUAGCUCCUGGAAUUCUCUUGUGAAUUAGUGCCUCUGCCGGGACUUUCCUUAAUGUAGAUACGAAUCCAAAAAUGGGGAGCUUUGGGGCAUUCCCACCAGAUAUGCAUAAAUGAUCCUUGCUGACCACAGUUUCUGAAGCAUAAAGGGGAACAUGUGGGAUACCAUUUUGCCAGUCUUGUGGGUACCAAGUACCAUUGAGUUAAUGCCCUUUUUUAUACAAGAACUUUAUUUGCUUUAGUAGCCACAGAAUGACACUGCCCAGAAUUAG